AAGACUUUAAAAAAGCUCGUGUGUACGGAAGUGAGUCGCGAAUACGAUAUCUAAUUCUCUAAUACUCUAAUAUCCACCUAAUGGCCAUGUUGACUCCCGAUGCCCAGAGCAAGUUCCGGCCUCGGCGCCGCCACAAGAAGUCGAGGAAUGGAUGCAUGGAGUGUAAGCGGAGGAGGAUCAAGUGCGAUGAGAUGAAGCCGUCGUGCUCAAGAUGUAUCCUGACCCGGCAAGAGUGCAUCUACCGGCCAACAUCACCCCCGCCGCAGGCUGCAGCGAAUGUCGAGCCAUCGCUGUUUCUGCCGCCUCCAAGCCCGCGCAGUGCAGUCUCGCCCUCGCCAUCUCCAUCAUAUGAGAUUCCGAGACUGUCGCCGGCCCCGUUUGUCAAGCCCACGCAGCACUUUGACUUUGACACGACCGACGCUGGCCUCUACCACCACUACCUGCAGCACACCUGCCGCUCGCUGACGGACAACCAGCAAGAUCACCACGCCCUGCAAAUAUGCAUACCAACCUUGGCGCUGCGGAGCAAGACCGUCUACCACUCCAUCUUGGCCGUCUCCGCCGCGUGCAUGUGCUGCGACAUGAUCUACAAGGACCCCCCGCCGGAUAUCAGCACCGUGAGCAACACCCUCAUGGCGGGCUACCACCACUACAACCUCGCCAGUGAACGCCUGCGCGAGUUGAUCUCACGGCCCAGUCCAGCCAACGCGGAGCCCCUUCUCGCGGCUCCCCCGCUGCUCGUCCCCUUUGCAACAGCCAGCCAGCAGAUCAACCACUGGAUUUCCAGCCGCUCAGAGGGGCAUCCAUCGCAAAAGCUCCUUGCCACAACCCCGCGAGACGUCAUCAUCCUUUCGCGCGGCAUCAGCGCUACAAUCCGGGCGCUGGCCUCCCACCCUAGCAGCUCCUCCCUCCCAACAUCCCCACAGACCUUUCUGUCUGAAGAACUCGACAACAUGGACAUGGACGCCGCGGGACUGGACACAUACAACGACAGCCCGCUUAACCCAUCUCCACCAACAACAACAACAACCCCCUUACCCCCGUCACACAACCACCCAAUGUACCACAUCAUCAAAAGCACUAGCGAAGCGGCAUUCGCCAAGCUCCAAGACCGUCUCGAUUCCGCCUUUAUCUUCUCCUCGCCCACCUCGCAAUCCGAAAACACAACUCUCAACCCCUCCGCCCUCGCCGCCUGCGCCUCAGCCCUCGACUACAUCUCCACCCUCCGCUCCGCCGUCUUCCCCCCCUCCCACCUCGCCCCCGGCGAAACCACCAUCCCCCUCCCACCCACAAUGACCCACACCCCUCACCUCCCCACAAUCCCCCCCUGGCUCGCAGCCUUCACCUGCCGCCCCUCCACCCCGUCCCCAACAGCCCACAUGACCCGCCCCUUCCUCAGCCUCUUCGUGCACGCCCCGCAGGCCUACCUCGACCUGACCCUGCCCCUCCUGGACAAACGCCUCGAGGGCCCGAUGCACAAUACGACGCCCGGGGGCGUGCACGACGAACUCGGUGUCGUUGAGGCGCUUGCCCUCGAUAUCUAUGCGCAUUGGAGCGUGCUGAUGUUUCUGGUCGCCGAGGAGAGCUGGUUUAUUGGGAAGCUGCCGCAGAUUACGCUGGCGGGGAUGCUGAAUCGGUUUGGGGAGGAUUUUGUCGCGAAAAUUUGGGGGGUUGCGAGUGCGAGUGCGAAUGCGUCUUCGGGGACUGGUGUCACUGCGGGGCAGGGGCAGGAGUGUGGGGAGUGGUGGCCGAGUAGUAUGUUGAGGAUUCAGAGAGAGAUUGGGAGAUAUCGAUAGCAUCAGCGUCAGCAUCAGCAUCAGCAUCAGCAUCAUGGAUGAUGCGGUAGAUUGGGGUUGGGAAGUGGAAUUGUACCAUGUUGUAGAAAAGGGUGGCUCAUAGAUUAGAUUUUUUGAUUUUUUUUUUUUUGGCGUUUGGAGCUCGUUUGUUAUGAGAUAUACGGAUUACGACUUGGAUAUUCCAUACACGUGGUGAAAGCACAGAGAUAAAAAGUAACGACGUCCAGCUUGAAAGCUUUUUGAUUGAAACGAGGACAAGAAAGGGGAUUUACCUUACAUGCUGCUUAUAUCAUAGAAGGCUUGGCAGGGACGAGAUCCUCCAGUUGUGAUAAUGAUACAGUGUAGUACGGGUAUAUACAAAUACGCUGAGAAUAAGAGCCUAGAUAUUACUGGAGU